AGGGCCGAGGGCCUGAGCCUCUACGGGCCCCGCAGCGGGCGUCCUCGAGGAUGAGGGGCGGGGUCCAGCCGGGCGGAGACCGAGGAACCCCGCACGGGAAACGAGGUCGGCCAGUUUGUCGGGGCCCGGCCAGGCUAAGAGUGACCCCCUCCGAGCGUUGGUCCGGAAGUGCUGGCUUUCCCGGGCGUCCCGGAGCAGGUGGCUGCCGUCGGGGGUGGCCGGCUGUACGGGAGUGGAGCCGGAGGUAGAGGAAGCGCCCUAGGCUGGGUCGGCUUGAGCAACUGGAGUCAACACGUGACAGAAGCCCUUCAAGGUCCUUAAGCAGCUCGGCCUGGAAGAGAACACAUGAGAGAAAGAAUCCCAAGAGGCUCUGUUUUCCUUGAAAGGGUAUUUCUCUACAGUUGCUCCAAUGACAGACAUACCUGCACCCUUGUCCUACUUCCAGAAUGCACAGAUGUCUGAGGACAGCCACUCCAACAGCACCGUCCGUAACCAGAGUGACGGUCAAGAACGGCAGCAGCACCAUGACAGGCGGAGACUUGACAACCCUGAGCCGGUAUCUAAUGGUCGACCCCAGAGUAACUCACGGCAGGUGGUGGAACAAGAUGAGGAAGAAGAUGAAGAGCUGACAUUGAAAUAUGGAGCUAAGCAUGUCAUCAUGCUCUUUGUUCCCGUGACCCUCUGCAUGGUGGUAGUCGUGGCUACCAUCAAAUCCGUCAGCUUCUAUACUCGGAAAGAUGGGCAGCUAAUCUAUACCCCAUUCACAGAAGACACUGAGACUGUAGGCCAGAGAGCCCUGCACUCGAUUCUGAAUGCUGCCAUCAUGAUUAGUGUCAUCGUCGUUAUGACCAUCCUCCUGGUGGUUCUUUAUAAAUACCGGUGCUACAAGGUCAUCCAUGCCUGGCUUAUUGUUUCAUCUCUGUUGUUGCUGUUCUUUUUUUCAUUCAUUUACUUGGGGGAAGUCUUUAAGACCUACAAUGUUGCCGUGGACUACAUUACAGUUGCUCUGCUCAUCUGGAACUUUGGUGUGGUGGGGAUGAUUGCCAUUCACUGGAAAGGCCCACUUCGACUGCAGCAGGCCUAUCUCAUUAUGAUCAGUGCUCUGAUGGCCCUGGUAUUUAUCAAGUACCUCCCUGAGUGGACCGCAUGGCUCAUCUUGGCUGUGAUCUCAGUAUAUGAUUUGGUGGCUGUUUUAUGCCCCAAAGGUCCACUUCGUAUGCUGGUUGAAACAGCUCAGGAAAGAAAUGAAACUCUCUUUCCAGCUCUUAUCUAUUCCUCAACAAUGGUGUGGCUGGUGAACAUGGCCGAAGGAGACCCAGAAGCCCAAAGAAGGGUACCCAAAAACCCCAAGUAUAACACACAAAGAGCAGAAAGGGAGACACAGGACACUAGUCCUGGGACCGAUGACGGUGGCUUCAGUGAGGAAUGGGAAGCCCAAAGGGACAGUCACCUGGGGCCUCACCGCUCCACUCCUGAGUCAAGAGCUGCCGUCCAGGAACUUUCCGGCAGUGUCCUGACUAGUGAAGACCCGGAGGAAAGGGGAGUAAAGCUUGGAUUGGGAGAUUUCAUUUUCUACAGUGUUCUGGUUGGUAAAGCCUCAGCCACGGCCAGCGGAGACUGGAACACAACCAUAGCCUGCUUUGUGGCCAUACUAAUCGGCCUGUGCCUUACCUUACUACUGCUCGCCAUCUUCAAGAAGGCGCUGCCAGCUCUCCCCAUCUCCAUCACCUUUGGGCUGGUUUUCUACUUUGCCACGGAUUAUCUCGUGCAGCCCUUUAUGGACCAGCUUGCAUUCCAUCAAUUUUAUAUCUAGCAUAUCUACAGUUAGAAUCCAUGGAUGUUUCUUCUUUGAUUAUUAAAUACCUGAGGAGGACAUACAUGACUCUCCCUUGUCCUCAUCUAACGAAGUCAAGACUCUAGCUGGACUUUUGCAGCUUCCUUCCAAGUUCCCUGGCCACCUGCUUUGUUGGACUCUGGAAGGAGGUGUCUACAGAAAACAGCUUCCAGCAUUCAUCAUUGCAGUGGGCAGAUAUCCCUCAGUGCAAAUACUACCAGAUUUGAGGGACAAGGACAAGAAAAUGUGCUGGACCAAGAAGUUGUGUUCUGCCAAUAGUAUGACCCUUGGGCACGGAGAUUUUGCCAGCACUGGGAACCCUCAAGAGGCUGAAUGAAGUGGUGUGAACCAACAGAACUUCCAUCUUCUCCACCAUGUUGGAAAUAAAACCUGUAUUAGCUGAAUCCUGCACUGUCCAGAGGUUCUGUGAGGAGGGAACACUGGGCCUGGGCCUCACUCGUAGGCUCUUUUGCUACCCACUUGUAAGUUUAAAUAAGGGCACCCCCCCCCCCAACUCCCUCUCCUGUCACAUCUGUGGUGUUGACCGUUUUGGUUCUCAAGCACUGACUCAUGAUCACCUGUGGUUGCCGCUUCUCCCCCAAGGCCAGUCUGAACGAAUUUGGGGUUGCUUUAUUCUGAGUCAUAACCUCAGGUACCAAAGUUUAUAAUUUCUGGAAGUUAUGGAAUUAUUGCUCGAUAGUACCCUGUCUUCCUCAAGUAAGUUCUGGAUUUUCCACAGCCUCCUCAUUGUUAAACAUACUUGUGAGCUUACUUCACCCCUGAUGCUUCUCUCUCUGUCCCUCCCUUGUCCACACAGCAGUUCUGUUUGACAGCAGACAGGGCAGCUCUGGGAGGUAGCAACCAACCCUGAUAACCAGGGUCCUGACCUCACGUGAUGCAGUCAGUGCUGCAGCCUGGCCGUCAUCUGACCCCUCGGAGGCAGAUAGGAUCAAAGCACAGGCUGGCUGGUGGAAACGCUCCAGCCUAGUGUUUCUUCUGUCACGGCAACCUUCUGCCAGGGUCAGAGUUCAAACUAGGACUGGAGUAGAACUCAGUGGUAGAAUAUUUGUCUAGCAAGACCCGGGUUCAGUCCCCAGCAUUGGAAAAGAAAAUAAAACUACAGAAUUUGAAUUAAUGUCCAAUGCCGGUAGUUUCUCAGUUUAUGAACCAGUUGUGUCUAACAAGGCAAGAGUUUGGCAAAAAGCUGGUUCUUGGUUAGCUGUGGAAAACCUGGAGACGCCAAGGGCAGGGGCCUCCCAUAGCCAUGGGGCAGUAUACUCACUACACAGGCGGAGUGAAGGCCGAGGCUGGGCUACAGAGGUCACAGGUGAGCUCAGGUGCUGUGGGUCAGUUUGGCAGCAUGCACAGACUGAGCAGGAGUCCCAUGGGUGUGUGGCAGUGGCCUCAGCCAGGAGAUCAGCUGGGCAAUGUGAAAAACUUGGAUGUGGGUCAAGAAGUGCUUGCUAGCUCUCUCCCAGACUAGCCUGUGAGCCAGUUUGGGCUUCUCUUUAUUCUUUUGGGUCACAGUAGUGUGUGUGUGUGUGUGUGUGUGUGUGUGUGUGCGCGCGCGCAUGUUUACGUGCGUGUGGGAGGGGGCACAGUUGAUCAUACCUGGCGUUUGGGGCAUGCUAGCAAGUGCUCCACUAAUAGGCUAACUCAGCCUGGGGUAAUUCUAGUAAGAAUUCAACUUUAGAAGUCAGGCCUAAUCCAGCGAGCCUAGCCUCAUCGAGGUCCAGGCCAGUGAAAGGCCCUGUGUCAAAAAGCAAGGUGAUGGCUCCUGAGGACAGAACCCCACAAACGUGCGCACAUAAGAGCUGAGGGUGUAGCUUUUUGGUAAAGCACAGGGCGCUCAGCACCCUCGGGGCCCUGGGUUCAGGCUCAUCUUAGCCAAUGAGAAGAAAACUAGGAGCCACACAAGAGGAGAGAGGGACUUGGGUAGAAGGUACUGUUUUAUUAUUGUGCGCACAUGCCUCAGCUCUCUCUACAUUCACAUGGGUGCUGAGGCUCAAACUCGGGCCACCAGGUGCUACCCAGCCAUCUCACUACCCCCCUUUGCCCAGACAGCAGAAUGGAAGUCACAGCCUUUUGGUUCAAGGCUCUUUUGUGGCUCUCAGCCAGAGCAGCUUGUGUAAGGGUCCAAGUGUUUCGUUGUCUUUCAUGGAUAAGAGGGUCCAUCCAGGCUGUGUUUGUGUGUGGGUAUUUAAGCCUAGGAGAGGAGUGGGUACAAGCCGCACCAGGGAUAAAGUCACCCAAUCCAGCCUGCUUAGUGGAAAACUGGCGGGAGAAAAGCAGUAGCUUUGGGGCUCAGGUCUGAUGCCUACAGGGUACAGCAUUUUGGGGCAGAAUGCCAGCUGCAGUUGGCCGGAGAAGGACUCUUUCCUGUUUUUGAAUCUGCCGUGCUAGAGGGGUCGUGGGGCCACAGCUUUUACUCUCAAUGACUACAUUUCUCCAAGAGGAAAAAAAGAGAAAAAAAAUGGGGCAAAGGACAAAGCCAAAAGCAAUCUGUGAACUCCACCACAGAGGAGCAGUUUUGUUUUUAAACUCCGCUGGAGAGUUUAGUGUCCUUUUGCGAUAGGUGCCCAAGUGUUUGCUGCUUGUCCUGUCUGUGGUUUUAAGCCAAUGUGUGUGUGUGAUGGGUUCUCCUGUGUAAGCACAGGUUGGACUCAAAUUUAUGAUCCUUCUGCCUUCACCUUACAAGUACUGGGAUCACACAGACAUGAGCUGUCAUGCUGAGUCAUGUAUGUAUAUAAUAUAUACAUUACAUUUAUUUACUGUGUGUGUAGGCAUGGAGCAUGUGCUCAUGAAGUCAAAGGAUAAACACCAGCAGUUGCUUCUCUGCUCCCAUCAUGCGGGUUCCAGGACUUGAACUCGGAUCCUCAGGUUGGGAGGCCUUGCUGGCCCUGUGUGUGCUCUUGAUCCUGUUUGUUAAACUGCCAAACAAGGUCUUCCAUGGUCAGACCUGUAAGGGAAGUAAGUCUCCGUCUCUGACCCCCAGAGCGAGGCUUUGCAUUGCUGACCACUUGUGACCUCACCCUGGAAGAAAAGCUGAGAUGCAGGCGUUGUUCAGUAUCCUGUGUUCUUGGCGUGGUACAGGAGUCGAAGGCUGCAGAGAUGAGCCAGAGCCUUGUUUGUCCUCUUCCCUCCCUGCCUUCGUCCCUCCACUUCCCCUGUCCCUUCUGAAAGAAAACCCCCGGCUAUCCUCAGAGUCAUUGCGUAACUGAGGGUGUUCCUAAACUUCAGCCCUUCUGCUUCUUGCUCUGAAGAGCUGGGUUACCCACACGCACCACUGUGCCCAGUUUACUCUGUGCGGGGGAUUGAACUGGGCCGUGUGCGUGAUAGGCAGGCACUCUACCAGUUGAGUUACAUCCCCAGAUCCCACACAUGUCUUGACGUCUCUUAACUACUUUUGACCACUGAGGCUUACAAAAUGGAUGCUAUCAAUAAGGUGACAUCAUUCUCUCAGAAAUCCGUUCUUUCAGCGAGCCCCCUUGGAUCCUUGAUGCUCAGUUUGAGGAUAGCUCAGGAGCUGGAUAUCUGUUUCCAACCUCAGGAUGGAAAAGGUGUCAUAUCUUGCUAAGUUAGAGUUCAGAAGCAAUCCUGGCAUCUUCUUGUGUCUUUAGAUUAUCCAAGCACAGGCAGUUUUAAAAAAGGAAAAAGGCACCGGUUUUUGUUCUUCCCAGCCCUCGUGGAUAGUGCCCGCUAGAUACCCGCAGGCUGCCACAUCUCAGGGUCCCCUGCACCUCAUCAGUCUACACAUCUGAUAGGAAACCAUAAUUUGCAUAUUGCAAAGCCCAUCUUGGUGCUGAAAUGAACCCUUUCUUGAAUGUCAAAGCCAUUUCCAGGAGUGUGGGGUAGCCUCUCGGGAUGCAGGGCCCCCCUGACCCUGCCAGGUAGUGCUAACCCUUGCCUGCACAGCAGGAAGGGCUUCCCUGGAAGCCCUUCUAUUCAAAUGCAUACUUGUGGAAGGCAAGUGCCAGGGUGAGCUUUUCCAGAGUGUUCUUUACUCUCACAUGGUCACUGCCUGGCUUCCCCUACUAUGGGUAAUAAUUUGUACAUAACAGACUGUGAAUAUAACUUUUUAAAUAAAUACUUUCAAACUCUUGGUAAGAUAUAAUUUUGAUAAUGAUUGCAGAUUUUCUUCCUGUAUUUGUCAAAUGAAUAAAGAAUGCAUGAGCCA